AUCACGCGUUGGAUACCUGCUAAGUGUUGAGAGCACAAGACAGUCCUUUAGCUUGUAAAAAUGAAUCGCCGUGAAAAUAGAAAAAGCUCAAAAGACGCAGAUGUAGUUCUAGAAAGAAACGAAAGAGACGAUGAUGAAAGUGAAGAAGAGAUUCCUAUUUCUGAUGAAGAAAGUGUUAAUGAUAGUAACGCAGAGGCAGUUGAAGCAACUUCCAAUGCACCAAGAAAGGAAUCUCAGAGUGGUGAUGGUAGGUUUGUGAUUACUGAUGAAGAAUAUAAAGGUCUACCAUAUCCACCAACUUAUUUUACGUAUGCUGGAAAGGGAUCUGGGAAGGAAUCGUUCCUGUUUAAUUGUCAUCUAGAUCACUGCCAAACAAAGAAGAAAACAAUUUCUGUUACCAAAGUUAGCAGAGGGAAUAUCAGAAAGCAUUUAAAAGUUUGCCACCCCAGCAGUCUAGAUAGUUUUAAUGGACUUUGCAAUGAACUUGAUGCCACUAAAGGUGCUAAUAAGUCUCUUAAAAAAAACAACAACCAAAGGUGGUGAAAGCUCCCGUAGAAGUCAAGGUGAAACACAAUUGAAGAUGUCUUUUCAAGGGUAUCCGAGAUCGAGAGUAUUGACUCAAUCCUUGUUCGAC